AUGCAUGCGUACGUCAAGAAUGCGACUGAGGAAGAACUCAAACAGCCCUGGAACACGAGUAACCAAUGCGUCAAGCAGAGGAUUGCAAAAGAUGAGGAAUCCCCGAGUUCCUUAUCAUUCACUCGUCUGGUGGUCGCGACGAUAUCAGCUCCGUGGAAUUAUAUCUACUCCGCCUCUGUCCACCUCCUCUACGACGUGCGUUACUCUUCCGCCUAG